AUGCCGGCCAGUUGGUUUAGAGAUCAGUUCAGGAAAAUUCAAAAUACAAAAAUUAGGCAAACUAGUAGGAACGAAACAAGAUUUAAUUUCCUCCAGCAAAAUUAUUCACAUUUAUUGAAAAAUCCUAGUCGUCACUCUGUUCGUUCGGCCGAACGAUCGCUCCCGAAGUUGCCGCACGGAUUCACCGAUCCGGAACAUGACAGUCUUUCAAACGGCCACGGAGCUACAAGUAAGAAUAAUGUACAAUCUUUCAGUUGUAAUGAUAGAAAAUUACCUCAAUUACUCUAUGAUACGAAUCUCAACAAAUGCUCAACACUUUUUGAUGAUUACGACGGUAGCGGAGGAUUGUUUUUGUACCCCAGAGAAACAAAUAACAGCGCAUCCCUAAACGGAUCGCCGGAUCUAUUACGUUACAAGAGGUUUCAAAUAUCAGAUAGUGACAUAGAUAUCGUUUUCGACGUCUACCGUGACCCAUCAAGAGACGUCAUCUUGACCGCUGGGGUCGAAAAGUUUUGUGCCGAUUUGCUUCUUCGACCGGACGAUUUUCGAAUUUUAAUUCUCGCCUGGUACUUUGGUGCCGAAACCAUGUGUCGCUUUACUAGGUUCGAAUUUCAAAGCGGUUUCAAGAAGUUGAGAGUUAGAAACAUGACAGAACUACAAGACGUCAUAUUUCAGGGAUGUACCUGUCAAAUUGACUUCUCCAACGACGUACUGGAAAGCAAGCAGCAGAGCGACGACCAAACGCCAACAUCUACCAAGGAAACGAAAUGUGGUUUGAAAAGUCGUACAGAGAGUCAGUGCAGCACGGACAAUGAUCGAUUGUACGGUUGCAUCUAUCCAAACUACCGCAGCUGCACGUGCAACCGAAGCACAUUCACGAGGAGCGUCACAUGCAGCAGAGACAAGUUCAGAGACCUGUACAAAUGGGCCUACAGAUUCUCUCUGGACAUGGACACCGGCCAACGAACGCUCCCCCUCGAUGUUGCCCUCUCCAUGUGGCGGCUCAUUUUCUCUCAAAAUUUGAACUUCCUGUCUCAGAGAGCUACCAGCGAUGCAACAAAAUCGUCCCUACUGACACAAGCGAACCCAGAUCUCAACAGCUCAGACCGCCGUGACGGAAUCGUCUGUGAUAGAACGGCUCAAACAAACACGUGUUGCCAAUUUGAUGACGUCACGAAUAUCGAAUCAGCGAGAAACGAAUCGAGGAAAGAAGCGAGACGACAAGCUAACAGAUUUAACACGGAAACGUCUUCCCGCCAAUCUCCUUCAUCAUCCCAGCAGCACCAACACCGACCUCUGUUGGCGCUCAAAUCGGGGGCUAAAAAAUCGUCAGCGACUCGUCUGAUAUCGAUGUGGCUGCGGUUCCUGGAGGACGAGCGGAACGCGAACGUGCGCGGGAUCACCAGAGACACGUGGGAGAUGCUGCUGACCUUCGUCGAGAUGGUGCGUGACGUCAGGCUGGAUUACGACGAGAACGAAGCCUGGCCCAGUCUGUUCGACGACUUCGUCGAGUGGUUCAAAGAAGUCGGUGGUGGCGACGAUGAUGAUAAUGAUGGUGAUAGUGAUGAUGGUGGGGAGUGUGGCGGCGGUGAUGAUGAUGUUCUCGUUGGUGGUGGUCUUAAUAAUGGCGAUUGA